AUGCGAAUCGCCUUUUCUGUUUUCCUUCUUCUAGGCACCAUCUCGAUGUGCCGUGUCGACCUCGUUUCGGGUCUCAAGGUCUCGGCCGAUGGUCAACCUCCCCGGGAAAAGAAUUUGGCGAUUCGUGGCCUCGAGAUUGCGACUGGAGACGACGGAAGGUCGGUCUUAAGGAACGACAAGGAGAUGCAUCGGGAACCAAGAGGCGUCUUUGACAGGCUGGCAGCUUUCUUGCGUCGAGCCCCAAAAACCAGCAAAAUGGACCCACGCGGGGCAGAAGACGCCUUGACACACGUGAGGGCAGUUGUCGACCGCGGUGGAAUGUCGUCGACCAAGUUCACGCCGGGACAGGUGAAAGCCUUGAAGAGGUACCGAGCGGAGAAACCGGUCAACUGGUUCGAGUUGGCGUACUACUUGCAUUUCACGUUGGGCCUUUCGAUGGCUGCGUUUAUUAUGUGGGGCGCCUACUAUCAUGGGUGGCGCCCUUAUAUGAUAAGUGGCCCGCAUAGGAAUCCCUGA